AUGACUGUUGAAAUUAUCGAUUCCUACAACUUUGGUGUCCUCGCAGCCCACCUCCUGUCUCAGGGCAGCCUUUCUGUGCCUAACAUGGCUAGCAAAUUGGCACAUAAAGUCGAAGAGGCUAGCUACAAAAAGAUGUCCUUUGUUAACUCAAUGUAUGCGCAGAGAAAGUUGAAAGCCAAGGAUUCAAGUGCAACUCUACUUUCUAUCAAGCCGGCAUGA